AUGCUGCCUGUGCUCCCUCUCUUGCUGGGGCUGACGCUGGGCUGCAGCAAAGACUGCUCUCUUGACAGGGGCGCCUUCUGGAGCAUGCACUCUCAGCGAAUUGAAGCUCUAGGAUUCUUACGAAAGCUGAAAAUCAUGCCGGUUGUCCCGUGCCUGCAGGACAGAAACGAUUUCAGAUGUCCCUGGAAAAAAGGGCCUGUCACCCAAGGGAUGCAGAGAGUAGAAGCCACCUGUUGUCUAUCUGAGAUGCUGGGGCAGGUCCUCCACCUCUUUGCCACAGAGGCCAGCAGACGUGCCUGGCCAGAGACGAUGCUCCGUCAACUUCUCAAUAGUCUGUUUUAUGCCCUGGAAGCCUUGGAGGGGACAGGGGAGCGAAGACUGUCCUGCCCGCCUACUUUUGUCUUGGCCAUCCGCACCUACUUCUCACGAAUCUCUGGCUAUCUGGAGGGUAAGCGAUUCAGCCCUUGCUCCUGGGAGAUUGUCAGAGCAGAAAUGCAAGUGGCCCUUGCCACAUUGCCUGUGCCUCCAGAGAGAAGCCCCAAGAAGAGAAGAAUUGCCAUGCCUGAAUCACCACUGCAGUGA